AUGGUACAAUCGCCGUCGAUAGCUAUAUUGGUUGCCUGGGGUCUCCAGUGCAAAGGCCUCCCGGACGCCAUUUUACGGACAGUCAUUGCACUCCUUUUAGCAACUGAUAGGUCAGGGAUGGUUAGCUAUGGUCUAAUGGGUAACUUUUCGAAGAAAAUGGUGCACAGAGGUAUGGGCCGUUGGAGAUUUCGAGGCCACCGAUGGUCGUUACGGUAUAUUCGAAUAUGUGUUCGAACAGUUAUGGUUUUCAGCAUGCUGGCCCUGGUCCUUCAAUAUAGCGGCAAGAUACUGGUGGCCUCAAUCUUGCACAAUAGCGUUCGUCCCAGCAGCAAAACACCGCUCCAUACAGUACAUGCUGUUGAACAACUCCAGUUCGGGAGAUGGCCGCUGGAAAAGAAGUGCCAGUGGUACUUUGCGAAAGAAAAGAGACAACAAUGGCUGAACGAAAUUAUCGAAAGGUCGCGUGGUCGCAUGAAGGAUGCCUCGGUGACAGCUGCCAUGCUGGAACGACUACGAGUGUUCGACACUUGUUUCAUGCAAGGAGAUAUAGGUCUUCGUGAGGUUUUUGGUGAGGACAUAAACUUGUACUCUCUCCAUCAUGAACUAUUUCCGUUUUUAAAGAAAGUACGCGAUUGGAGCGAACUGCUCCCCCAGGUAUUGGAUCUCAAUGAUGGGUCACGUUAUUUAUUGGGGAACAAGCUACCCGAGCAAGCAUUUAAGGUGGAUAACGACUUACCAUUUUGGGAGAAUUUGCGGAGAUCUUCGAGUGGGCGAGGGAUAGUAGCGACCGUGGCAGACAUUCAUCUUGAUCAAUUGAAGCGCCUGCUCCAUGUCCUUGAUGAACUGGGGAAUAAAUUGCCUAUAGAGUUGGUGUACAAGGGUAACGACUUCUCUCGAUUGCCUAUCAAAAGACUGAAAAGGUACGUUCGGCAGCACACAAAACAGCGAGUUCGGCUGGUGGACUGUUCGCGUGUACUACGCAGUACACAUAUACCUAAGAUAAAGAGGUUCAUGAAUAAGUGGUUAGCCACUAUAUUCAAUUCAUUUGAGGAAAUAAUACUACUAGACGUGGAUGUUGUGCCACUGGUUCCAAUCGAUAGCUACUUCAAACUUCCCGGCUACACUAAAACGGGCGCUCUGUUCUUCAAGGAUAGAACGCUUCCGGAGUACCUUCCUGUUUCAUGCACAAAAGCGAUACUACUCUUGCCACCAUCGUCGGAGGAGAACAAACUUUGGGGACAUUCUAUGAGAUAUCGAACACCAAUGACAAAAGCUGGCGCACUAGACCGGACCAAUUCCGCCGAAACAGAGGUUAUGUACAACUAUUUCAUCGAACGAUAUCGUCAUCAGGUAGAAACUGGUCUGGUGGUGCUGAAUAGAAAGCAACGGCUCUUUUCUCUGGUUACUUCGUUCAUGAUUCAUUUAAACUUACGAUUCAGCGAGUGUUUCCACGGUGACAAGGAAGUAUUUUGGCUGGGACAGCUGCUUACAGGAAAUGAGUACUCAAUUCACCCAAUGCCUGCAGCUAUAAUCGGUGAGCUUCAGCAGGGUGAACGAAAACUGGCUGCGACGGAAUAUCGUAUUUGCAGCACGCAGAUUGCUCAUCCAGAUACUGAUGGAACUGUAUUAUGGAUUAAUGGCGGCAUGUGGAACUGUAAAGAUAAUAAAGCUGCAGAAGAAGACUUUUCCGAUUACAACCGCUACUUCACAAGGAAAUUUGGCUCCCAGCAAAAACUAGCCGAUUGGUAUAAACAGACACUUAAAGUUACUGGUGUUUUUAGCCCAGAACUAAAGAAUUCAAAAUGGAUACCUGCAAAGGAAUGCAAACAAUCCGCAUUUUGCUCCUCUGUCUUUGUACAUGAUGACGAGGAGCUUCAAUCUCUGAAGGAUGCUGAUAUCUCGGUAUGCAAUCAUCUAGCGUCAGUUUGGGGCUCGUUGCCUGAAUAA